AUGAUGUUACGCAUGCCGAUAUUGUGGGCAAUCGAGGUCAGGAGGUUUCCAAAAUGCGCUGACCCCUUCCGCUCCAAAUCCGUAUUCCCGACAGAUUGGGCCGGCGAGUCGAAGGCGUAUCACGUUUUUGACUUUCACAUAAUCGUCGCAUUGCAGACCGUAUUGCCAUUUUUUGUGCUCAUCCUGCUGAAUGCCGUGAUUAUUCAACGGUUGCUGGUGGAGAAGAAGAACGAGAUGUACGCCGCCAUCCAGCCGACGCUCUACAAGGUGGGAGAGGCAGCAAAGAAGGCGUCAACAGCAAAAGCCGAGUAUGAACAGGUUGCCAUCAUGCCAGAGAACUACUUGCUACUCGAAGUCGCGACAGAAUUAAUUAAGGAAUCGUUAAUAACAAAAUCGUCGCGGGGAAAAAGAGCCCAGUUGCGAAAUGCGAUCUACACGAUGCUGGCUAUCGUCACCUCUUAUCUGAUCUGCAAUGGGCUCCAUCUGAUACUCACAAUUUUGGAGCGAUUUGGGUCUUCGUUGCUGUUGGAAGCAGAAGACGACAUGCUCUCCACCAGCUUUUACAUUCUCCUCUCAGAUACCGUGUCAAUCGCCUAUUUGCUCACAUCAGCCAUCCGUAUCUUCAUCUAUGCCAAGUGCAACCCAAAACUGCGCAAGGACAUUAAGGAUUUCUUGAUGAACCGGCGCCGAGUG